AACGGUUUUUUUUUUCUUUCCUCUUUAAUUUGAAAUUAUAAUUUGACUUCAAUUCGCCAACACACAUAAAGUCAUGCAAAAUAUAUAACUAAUGUCUUUUCCCAGACAAUUUAUAAUGAUGAUAUCGUCGCGGCAUGACCUCAGGCUAUUCAGUUCGACUCUUAAUUUACUGUGGCUCUGUUAUUUUACAAUAUAUUGCAAUCACUUUUCCUGUAUCGUAUAACCCCACAAUGCCGAACAAGAGAGCUUACCUCGACGACUCUUCGAAUAGAUACACAGCAAAGAGGUAUAUACGCUCCAAACUCAAUAUGAUUUUCAUUUUUGUUCAGCGACAUGGUAUAGAUACAAAACGUAAUACAUGAGCGUAAAUGUUAUUGUUUGAAAAUAAACGAUAAUAAACAGGCGAUGUGUACCUUUCGUUUAACGUGACGCCAAUUUGUUUUAAUUGUGAGAAUUUUUAUACUUUUAUUAUAUGAGAAUUUUCUUCACGAAGAACUUUAUUGUGUUGCAUUGUAUCGAACAACAAUGGGUAGAAUGGAAGGAAAUGCGACAUGGACAGAGAAAAAGAAAUGAAGCAAAUUGAACCGCGCGAUCUGUCGUCAGGUCGAUAUUUUCCCACCCAGAUCAAAAUAAGUACGUCCCCGAAUUCAUCUCCUCCAAUGUCGAAUCCAACAUCACCAUCUCCAACACUAAUAACAAGCGGUCCUAUUUCACCAUCGCUCAGCAUUGGAAGCGGAUAUCAUACACAAAAUCCCAAAGGUGUCAUACCCGGCAUUCCUUGUGUUGCAGCAGCGUCAAAGUAUUCGGCUCCAGUGCAUAUUGACGUGGGCGGAACCAUAUACACCAGUUCGUUGGAAACGUUGACGAAGUAUUCCGAAUCGAGAUUAGGCAAACUAUUUACUGGUCACAUUCCGAUCGUUUUGGAUUCAUUGAAGCAGCAUUAUUUUAUAGACAGAGACGGGAGGAUGUUCCGGCAUAUUUUGAAUUUUCUGAGAAAUUCAAAGCUUUUGAUUCCAGAUAAUUUUCCAGAUAUAGAUUUGCUACUUGAAGAGGCCAGAUAUUUCGAUAUAAUACCAAUGGUCAAACAGCUGGAACAACUAAAAAAAGAUCGCAUAAUAAAUGGUUCAACAAGCCCUCACCCGAACAACAAUCGAAUCAAGCCAUCAAGAUCCGUUAUGUUCGAAUCAUAUGAAGUGGUAGCUCUGCACAUCUCACCCGACCUGGGGGAGAGAAUAAUGUUAUCAGCCGAACGCUCAUUACUCGAUGAAGUUUUUCCAGAAACGAGUCAAGCCGUACUCGAUUCCCGAUCGAAUGUCGCAUGGAAUCAACUAGAAGGACGACAAAUAAUUCGAUUUCCCUUGAAUGGUUAUUGCAAACUAAAUUCCGUACAAGUGUUAACACGACUUUUGAAUGCUGGAUUCUCAAUUGAAGCGAGCACCGGUGGCGGUGUGGAAGGGCAACAAUUUUCUGAAUAUUUGCUCGUUCGUAAGCCGAAUGUGUGAUUUUGUUGUUAAAUAAAAAUCAAUUUAGUCUGAUCAAAUCAAGGACAAAGGCACGUCAGUUGACGUAAAACUAGCUUAAUCGUUUAGAAUAAUAAAAAAAUAACUUUUCUGGUCAAAUGAAUGUCUAAGUAGCUUUUAAACAAAAAUAUUGUCUUCAACAAUUAGAAUUUAGUUAUUGAUAAUAAUAAUAAAAUGUAUGAGUGACGUAAAGUGUAAUUUUUAUAUUAGGUACUACAGUUGGAGACACUGAUAUUUCAGCAUGAAUAUGCUUUAGCUGUUUUUCAGCUGGCCCACACAUUAUACAAAACAACUUAUACGGUUUUACCACUAUCACGCGCGUACGUAAAGCUGCUUCAACCGUAAAAACAAAUAUAAACAUAUUUGCUUGUAUGUGUGAACCCCUUAAAAAGUAGCUGAAGCCAAUUCAUGCAGAGAUACCA